AUGGCGAUGUGGGGUGUAAUAGUAUUUUGCGUAGCUGUGUCUUGGGUGAGCGCGUUCCCAAGUCCACAGUUAUACACCACCCCUGAAGAUGCUCAAGGUAGAUCCGGCAGAAUCGUCUCAGGAUGGGAAGCCGAAGAAGGCCAGAUUCCUUACCAACUAUCUUUACGCAUGGUCAGCCCCGUAGGAACCGUGUUCUCAUGCGGCGCCACCCUCAUCCACCACGAGUGGGCCAUGACUGCCGCUCAUUGUACUGCUAUGCGUAUUACACUCGUAGUUCGCGCCGGUAGUGUCGCUCUUACUCGCCCAGCUAUGAUCUUCGAGACUGUUGAACAUAUCAACCACCCAGGUUACGACAACAUAGCUGCGGGUGUACAGCCCGAUGAUAUUGGUCUCAUCAGAUUUGACCGUUAUGUGGAAUACACGGGUCUCAGGUUAGGUCUUGUGUUAGAAAGUCAAUGUUUAAUAAAUACG